AUGACUGUGACCUCCAAACACAUGACUGUGACCUCCAAACACAUGACUGUGACCUUCAAACACAUGACUGUGACCUUCAAACACACGACUGUGACCUUCGCACAUGACUGUGACCUCCAAGCACAUGACUGUGACCUUCAAACACACGACUGUGACCUCCAAACACAUGACUGUGACCUUCAAACACACGACUGUGACCUCCAAACACGCGACUGUGACCUCCAAACACACGACUGUGACCUCCAAACACACGACUGUGACCUCCAAACACGCGACUGUAACCUCCAAACACACGACUGUGACCUCCAAACACACGACUGUGACCUCCAAACACGCGACUGUGACCUCCAAACGCACGACUGUGACCUCCAAACACACGACUGUGACCUCCAAACACGCGACUGUGACCUCCAAACACCCGACUGUGACCUCCAAACACGCGACUAUUUAGCUCCUGGGCCUCGCCUUAUCAGUGACGACGACUGGUGCCGCUGGCGAUGCCUGGUUCGCGGCCAGAGUUGCAUGCUUAACUGCGGGUCUCACCAAGAUAUAUUCCAAGUAAAGCAAGAUAUAUUCCAAGUAAAGCAAGAUAUAUUCCAAGUAAAGCAAGAUAUAUUCCAAGUAAAGCAAGAUAUAUCCCAAGUAAAGCAAGAUAUAUCCCAAGUAAAGCAAGAUAUAUUCCAAGUAAAGCAAGAUAUAUUCCAAGUAAAGCAAGAUAUAUUCCAAGUAAAGCAAGAUAUAUUCCAAGUAAAGCAAGAUAUAUUCCAAGUAAAGCAAGAUAUAUUCCAAGUAAAGCAAGAUAUAUUCCAAGUAAAGCAAGAUAUAUCCCAAGUAAAGCAAGAUAUAUCCCAAGUAAAGCAAGAUAUAUUCCAAGUAAAGCAAGAUAUAUUCCAAGUAAAGCAAGAUAUAUCCCAAGUAAAGCAAGAUAUAUUUCAAGUAAAGCAAGAUAUAUUCCAAAUAAAGCAAGAUAUAUACCAAGUAAAGCAAGAUAUAUUCCAAGUAAAGCAAGACAUAUUCCAAGUAAAGCAAGAUAUAUUCCAAGUAAAGCAAGAUAUAUUCCAAAUAAAGCAAGAUAUAUACCAAGUAAAGCAAGAUAUAUUCCAAGUAAAGCAAGAUAUAUACCAAGUAAAGCAAGAUAUAUUCCAAGUAAAGCAAGAUAUAUUCCAAAUAAAACAAGAUAUGUUCCAAAAGAUGCCAAUAUUUAUCCCAAGCAAAAGUUAA